AACUAUAUUAUCCCAGAUUCCCUCUAUUUCAGAGCCGAAUCCGAUGAGGAGCUUGCGCGACGUCUUCAACGUGAAUUUGAGGAAGAAGCUCGACGACAGCUGGAAGAGCAGGCUCGAAGAGAUGCAGAACUUGCCCAGCGUCUUGCAUUUGCCGAGCAGCCUCAUAUUAUACCAUCAGACAGGACCGAUUUGCCUACAGCAGUGUCUUCACAUGCGCAACCUUCCGCUGUAUCGAGAGAUCAGCCCUUGAUUGAUCUCACCACUGAUGAUCGCACUACUACGUUCACUAACAACCCUGCUCCAGUACUAACCACUGACAUCUUCACGCCUUCAACUCUGAUUCCUGCAGUAACCAUCAAUGCCGGCCAUGACAGAUACGAGAACGUUCAGAUGGACGCUUUUCUACCUGGCUGUUCAACAUCAUCAACCUUGGAACCUACACGCGGUCCAGCAUUGCAGGAAAUCCUUCACCCUACGAAUCCCUUUCUACAGGACGUCGCAGCACAGGAUACACUGCAGCCAACGCCGCAACCACCGCCAUACUCAGCACAGGAAUUACUCCAGCCGACGCACCAGCCACCGCCAUUCCAGUAA